AUGGAUCCCGUCGACGUCGUUCCGAGUGGUUACAGGUUCCUUCCCACGGCGGAGGAACUCGUGGUCGACUACCUCGCCAACUGCGUUGCCGGCACACGGCUCCCUAGCCGCGCUGUCGCCUUCGCCGAUGUCUACGGCACCGAGCCGUGGAAUCUUCUCUGCAACGGUCGACAGGAGGGCUAUUUCUUUGCGGAGCGCAAGCCCAAGAACAGCGGCGGCCCGCGCGUCGAUCGAAGGGCCGGCACCGGUUCUUGGACUCUGAACAAAAAGCAAGAACCCGUCAAGUCCAUCGUCGACGGGCGCGAGAUGGUGGUGGGACGAAAGAGCUUCCUCUCCUUCAACGAUGGCCGGCGGAAAAACUCCGGGUGGGUAAUGUAUGAGUAUGAGAUGUGUUCCCCGGGCUUCGAGAGACGAGUUCUCUGUCACGUUAAGAAGAGUUCGCAUCAUGCCAUCUCCGGCGGCAAUUUCAUCAAAAAGGUUGAGUCGACGUUCACGGAGGCCGCGACAGAGACGAUCUCCGGCGGCAGCCUCGUUGGGCAGAAGAGAAAUAGAGAGGAAUCUUCUACUCUCUCAGCAAAAGCAUUGACUCCCUCAAAGAAGCCAGCACAUUCAUUGCAGUCCGACGUCUCACCACCUCCAACCGCGGUGGUGCAACAUCCCAUAUCGGCUCGUCCUGUGACACCCCCGGAGAGUCGUCUUUCCUCGGUCGACUCAGUUGCACCGAACGAAGCCGGAGUCCCAUCCGCCGCUCUAUCGUCAACGGAUGUCGGCGGAGGUGAGCCCUUGAUAACUGUGGAAGAACUCGAAGCAUUCUUGGCUUCGCCUUCGCCGUCGGUCGAUCUUGGCGAUGAACAGAACUGCAUCGACGAUGCUUUCUUCACCCGAGAGGUUGAAGCCUCCUUGAUGUCGGAUGACACCGACACAGCCUCGAAUACCAUCCCGAAGGCCUCGCCGUCAGGCCUUGUCGAUCCUCGCUUGAUGCCCGAUGACACUCGAAUUGAUUCGACCACGGUCGUAGAGGUUUCCACGUCAUCGUCGUCGAUCGACUUGGUCGCGUGUGAGAAGAUGUACUUCACCGACGAUCCCUUCUUUUGGAGCCUGGAAGAGGUCCAUGCCUUCCUGAUGUCCGAUGACACCUUCGCUGCAUCGACUACGGAACAAAUGGCGUGCGUGGACGAUGCUCGCUCGACAACCCCGAAAGCGUUGCAAGCCUCGUUGAUUUCUGAUGGCACCGGCACUGAUUCGACCACGGCCGAAGUGGUUUCGUCGUCAUCGUCGUACGACUUUGUUGGGUAUGAGCAGACGGAGAACGUAGUUGAUGUCGACGACUUCAUGCAAGAGAUCGAUGCCCUCAUGAAGUCCGAUGACACACCUGUGGAUUCGGCAAUGAUCUCGUGGCUGGAGCAGUAG